GAGGUUCGUGGCCAUGGCCUGAUUAACAUCUCACCCGGAAUGCGGAUGACAGAAGACAUCGAAGAUGAUACCCUACAAUACCUACUUUGGGGCACUAGGAAAUAUUUGCGUAGCAUCUAUAACCUUAAAGAAGGACAAAUGGCCUCAUUUGAUGGGCAAAGUAUUAUCAGCUCACUAGGAGAUACGAAAAUUGCUCUCUAA